AUGGACAACGAGGCUCUUCUAUGCUUCGACAUUUCACGCGGUAAAAAAACUCCAAAAGAUCUUCAAUUAUCGGGAGAAAUAUCAGAGGAGAACGAAACGUUCUUUGAGCCUAGCAUUACCACACUUUUCGGCAAAGAAGUUGCUACAGUACAGGAUGCAGUGGCAGUUGAGGUCAACAAAGCCUACUCAGAAGACACAGUCUUUACAGACCACGAAACGACUAUUCAAGAUUUCCUAAUGGAGGCUAUCAAGUUUUCGUCCAUGACGGAUCGAGAGGAGAGUGUCACUGUCGCACAUGGAAAAACAUUCGAGUGGAUAUUCUCCGAUAAACCCAGCCCCGUCUCCCAGCGGUUGCAACCAAAGAAUUAUCUUAGUGAUUGGCUACGAGACGGAGAAAACCAGGAAGGUAUUUACUGGAUUAGCGGUAAAGCAGGAUCCGGAAAGUCUACCUUGAUGCGUUUUGUGAUGCAGCACGCUCAAACGACGAGUUUGCUUCAUUCAUGGGCACGGAAUGAGCAACUCAUCACUGCCGGCUUUUAUUUCUGGAUUAGCGGCACUUUGGAACAGAGGUCUCAGACCGGCUUGCUAAGACAUCUUCUGGCCCAACUGCUGGAUCAACGAAGAUAUCUCAUCCCAAUGGUCUUGCCAGUGAGGUGGAAACACCUUCUUUCUCUAAGCACGCGAGAACGUGUGAGGGCUUCGAUCACAUGGGAUCUUCCUGAGCUUACAGCUGCACUGAAAUCCUUCCUGGACUACGCAGGCGUGGGAGGUAAGGUGUGUCUUUUUAUCGACGGACUUGACGAAUUCGCAGGCGACCACCAGCAAAUCGUGAAAUUUUUCAAGGACUGCGUUUCCUCAUACCCCCACGUCAAAAUAUGUCUAUCUAGCCGACCCUUUUCGAUUUUUCGUGCGGCCUUUGGAACGAAUCCUGGCAUUGAGCUCCAUGAAUUGACCCGAAGAGAUAUGCUUCAAUUUGCCCAGGAUAAUCUACAUGGAGAUCCAUUGAUUAACCAAGUUCUGACCAAAGAUGAAGAGACAGCUUCAAAGCUGAUCAAGGACAUUGUUAAAGCUGCAGACGGUGUCUUUCUCUGGGUGAUUCUUGCGGUUCAGUCCAUACUUCGCCGUGAAAAUUAUCAAGAUGCUUUGCAAAUUCAUCAAUACCUGGCCCAGCAUCCCACUGACUUGGAUGACCUUUUCGCUUACUUCAUUUUUGACUCCGCAUCUGAUAAUCAAACCUUGACUGCUUCGCGCCUGUUUCAACUCAUUCAGGCCAGACAAGAGGCUUGUUAUGCUACUCGACAAGAGGAUGCAGCAUCCAUGAACCUCUGGGAAUUUGCUCUUGCCGAUCAAUUUGAGGAUAUCGUGGAUUACAUUCCAGAAUAUGUGCAACAAGCGAGCGAGAAGGACAUCAUUACCAUAUGCGAAGUGACCAAGGCCCGACUGUCCACGAAGUGCGCAGGGUUGAUAGUGGCUCAUAGCUCGGGCUCAUCAAUAGGCAUGCUUCGGCGCAGUACACCAUCACCAGCACAGCAGCUAGGCUAUAGCAAGGUCGCUUAUGUGCAUAGAACUGUGAAGGACUUUAUCUCCCUGUCUCAUGUCCAAUCUCGCCUUUUGGAGGUCAUGGUGGGAUCGAAUUUUGACGCCCACAAAUCCCUUCUCAUCUCUGUUAUCUUUCAAUUCAGGUGGACGCUGGAUGAGUUUUAUCCGAACCGGCAAAUAGAUGACCGGUGGCCCAACAUAAUCCUCGCUUUCACCCAUGCACGACUGUCUCUGAAUAGUCAACAGUCUCAGCUGAUGCUUAUUCCCGAGUUGGACCGAGCUCUGUGUCAGCACUGGGUGUCCCGCCAGUCGACUAAACAUGAUCAUUGGGCUCGGAAUCUCUUUUCUUCUUAUGAGAAACGAAAGAAUCUUAGAUUCCGGGACCCCUUUCUCUCACUCUCUGCUAAAUUUGGCCUAGCAACUCUAGUGCAUGAUCGUGUUUUGAAAGAUGAAACACUGCUGUGCGGUAGUGACAGCGAAAUACCACUGCUCAGUCACUGUAUUGAGCUACUCGCCAAUCGGCGAAAAAGCGUAUACCCCUUGAGCAGUCCAGAAAUAAUCAGUGAAAUUCUCACGAGGGGUGGCGAUCCAAACCAGACCUACCAAGAUCUGAAUGGAAAGGCUCGGACUCCCUGGUUGGUUGUUCUGGAGUACCUUCGAGAAGCAGAUCGUCGCGGAUGGAUUAAGUACUACGAUACCAGUGAAAAUGGCACUUAUCGCCUGGCGGUGAUUGUAUCACUGUUUAUUCAGCAUGGUGCUGACCCAAAUGGGCUGCUUGUGGAGACAAAGUUGGAUCCGUCAGCCUCUGCCCUGGAGAUAAUCACUGCCAUUUACCGGAAAUACGCCGCUCCGGAAUUCGGGCAGCUUCGCAAGAUGCUGAUAGACAGUGGAGCGCUGCAGCGAGAAGGACAUGGCAUUCUGUACGAAGUGUUUUAUCCAUAG